AUGAAGACGCUGUCAUCACUGCUUCUUCUCGUCCUCGUGGUGGCCCCCGGGCUGCUGCUGGCGCGGACGGGCACUGCCACCAAGCUCCGAGGGCUGGGAGCGCUCAGGGCGGAGACGACGGCCCUGACAGACGGGAGUGAAGCAGGAGCCGACCUGGACAUGAAGGAUGCCGCGGAGGGCACCGAUCAGGCGGCGGAUGUGGGGCUCUCUAGGAGGGCCGCCGCGGAGGCCGCCACAGCAGCCCUCUGGCCCUACCCCUGCAUUCCGCUUCGUCGGCUAGCUCAGCUACCUGCGGACACAGUGCUCCCCUUGAGACCCUGCCCCGACGACUUCCCCGAGGAUUUCCCGCCGCCGGUGAAGAAGCCCCCGCCGCCGCCGCCAGUGAAGAAGCCGCCGCCGCCGCCGCCAGUGAAGAAGCCGCCGCCGCCGCCGCCGGUGAAGAAGCCGCCGCCGCCGCCACCAGUGAAGAGGCCGCCACCCAAUGAUAUCAACGAUCCCCGCUGCCGCAUCGCCGGAAAGUCCGGUGGUGUCAAUGCGAAACCAAUCUAUUGCCCGUGA